AUGGGCACGGUAACCACCGGACUGGAACGCGCCAACAUGAGCCACGGUCAGUCGGUGGUUAUCAUGGGCGCGGGCGGCCUCGGACUGCACGCCACCGCCAUGGCCAAGGAGCGCGGCGCGGAUCGCGUCAUCGUGCUGGAUCGGCUGGAGAACCGCCUGGCGCUGGCCGAAGAGUUCGGCGCCGACGACACCAUCAACAUUGAGGAAUUCAACACGCCGGAGACCCGGGUGCGGCGGGUUCGCGAGCUAACCCGCGGUCGCGGCGCCGACGUAGUGAUGGAACUGGUGGGCCGCGCCGACCUGCUCAAAGAGGGUAUCGACAUGCUGUCCAACGGCGGCACCUUCGUCGAGAUUGGUGACAUUGUGCGCGGGCAGGAAGUGUCAAUCGACCCCUCCAAGCUCCUGCAGGGCAAGAACAUCGUCGGCAGCCUGAUGUAUCGUCCGUCGCUGUUGCCCGAACUGCUGGACUUCCUGGUUCGCAACCAGGACAAGCUGCCCUUCGACAAGCUGGUGUCCCACACCUUCCCGCUGGCCGAUGUUAACGAGGCAUUCGAGGCGGCGGAGUGGAGCCAACGCCAGACGGAAAUCACCCGCGCCAUGCUGGUGCCGUAG